AUGUGUUGCAACUACUACGGCAACUCCUGUGGCUAUGGCUGUGGCUAUGGCUGUGGCUAUGGCUCUGGCUAUGGCUGUGGAUACGGCUCCCUUUACGGCUGUGGUUAUGGAACCAGAUAUGGCUGCGGAUACGGCUCUGGCUACGGCUGUGGAUAUGGCUCUGGCUACGGCUGUGGGUACGGCUCCGGCUAUGGCUGUGGAUAUGGCUCUGGCUACGGCUGUGGGUACGGCUCCGGCUAUGGCUGUGGAUAUGGCUCGUCUUCUGGCUACUGUGGCUACCGGCCAUUUUGCUUUAGAAGAUGUUAUUCUUGCUGCUAA